UUCACUGUACGGUGAUGCGAAUGGGCAAAUGGCAACUAUGAACCAUCCUUGAUCUUUGUUCUUUGAACGAUUUGGAACUGCUUUUUACUACCAGCUUCCAGAGCUUGUUGUCUGCUGGCCCUACAAAACUACUACUCAUAAAUCAUUUUAUUAAAGCACUAAGCGGCAAUUGUCUUCCGUAGGUGGAUUUUAGUUCUUUUUGUUGUUCCCGUUUUCACUCGUUGCGGCCGUUGCGUUGUUGUUGUGUCUUGAAACCCAGCUUUGGUUAUUAUCUUCUUACAAUGUUUUGCUUCCUAAUAUCCUUUCUCUCCUUCCUCAUCCUUUCCAAGUCCUUUACCAGUAAGUGUCUCUCGAUUGGAUCUUGGUUGAACCUGUUGAGUUCAUCAAUUUUUAGGAUUAAAAAAAGCAGCAUCAGUUUCAGUUUCUAUGAGGUCCCCCUAUCCAUGCCAUUGAAGAAGAAGAAGACUUCAGAAUCAAAGCUGGAUGAUGAAGGUGAGGGAGGCAAGAUUUCGCUCUUGGAUUUGCCUGAUCUGCCACUGGAGAGUAUCCUUGAACGACUUUCACCAGCCGAGUUGUGCGGUAUGGCCACGGUGUGCAGGUCUCUCAGAGAUAGAUGUCAGAGUGAAUAUUUGUGGGAGAAACUCAUGAAGAAGAAAUGGGGUAAAGUAAUUGGUGAUUCUGCUUAUCAGCAAUGGCAAUGCCACGUAGCUUCCAGAAACACACAAAUCCACCAACAGAAUCAGAAAGGUCUACUUAGUUCAUGUUCAUGGAUUAAAACGAAAUCCCAAAAUGGUGGCCAAGAAAGGAGUCAUUCUGUCAUGGCCUUGUGUAUUUCUCUUACAAAUGGCAAGUUCUGGUUCCCAGCUCAAGUCUAUAACCGCGAGAAUGGUCAUGCUGGGUUCAUGCUAUCUUGUUAUGAUGCCCAACUUUGUUAUGACUCUGGAACUGACACCUUUCAGGCAAGGUACUCUCCUCAUGGCCGAUGGGCAGUUGAGGAAAAUAUACCAUGGGAAAGACUGAGAAUUCCACCCGUUGACAUUUCUCCUCAUGUUCUUUAUACCUCUGACUGUUUAGCUGAAUUGAGGCCUGGAGAUCAUAUCGAGAUUCAGUGGAGAAGAAACAGAGAAUUUCCUUAUGGCUGGUGGUAUGGUGUUGUUGGUCACUUGAAAUCAUGCGCAGAGCAUGGGAAUCACUGCUGCUGUCACCUGAGUGAUACGGUGAUAUUGGAGUUUAAGCAGUACAACCCUGGGUCCCGAUGGAGAGAGACAGUGAUAAACAGGAAGAACCACAAAGAAGAAGGCAAUGAUGUGGAUGGUUUUUACGGGGGAAUAAGGAAGCUGCACGAUGAGGACGAGAUUGCAAGAUGGACCAACCUCUGGCCAACCAGAACUGUGGAAUAGAUGACAAUAACAUAGCAUGCCUCGUACCGAUGAUGCUUUACAACUCUGUAAAUUUCCUAGAAGGUGGAAGGCAUUGUUCAAUGAUGUCCUGUGCAUAAGUCAUACAUAGACUUCAUAAUUUUGGAAUAGGAUUUAUAGAGUGCAAACAUAGCAACAUAUGUACCAUCACUGUGACAUAAAAGAUUAGUGCGUGUGCAUGUAUAUGUUACUCAUGGUCGCUUAUCCUUUUUUGUAAUGAAUGCCUUUUCCUACGCAGGCAAUUCUGUUUCUAUCUUGUUCUGUUUUUUACUUUUUUUUUUUUACCAGUCUAUUUCUAACUUGUUCAGUUGAAAGAAGUCGAAGAACAUGACAAAUUCAUCGAUAUUCAAGACU